UCCGUAUACACAUGUACUUACACACAACCAAAAAUUUCGCGCGGCGAGCGCCAUCAUCGAGCCGCCGACGCAGUCGCGGGUGGACGUGGCGCCGACGGCGUUCGCCCGGGACCGCCUCGCGGCCGGCCAGCGAGUCCUCCGUCCUCGACUCGACGACUGGCGUGGACGACUACUUCCCUCGGGCCUCCCAACUGUCACACGGAGCAGUGGUCCCUCCCUCCCGCACACGUACACGGUCAGAACCGCCCGCUAAGUCGGGUGUCACUCUCGGUCGAACGCGCAUUCCUUAAUUCUCAGAGAGCCAGGGUCGCUCGUCAUAAUCCUCCGCGCGUGAUAGGUAAGCCGGGGUCGCUUCCUUCCUUGUGUCUUCUUGGUGGGCACGUCUUGUGGCCGCGUCUACGUCUAGUACCGGCCGCCGCCGCCGCCGUAGCCGCCCCCGCCGCCGCCGUAGCCACCGCCACCUCUCCGGUCGUCGUAGCCCCCGCGGCGAUCGUCGCCGCCGUAGCCGCCGCCGCCGCCACCGUACCCGCCGCCGCCGCGGCGGUCGUCGUAGCCGCCGCCGCCGCCGCCGUAGCCCCCGCGGCGGUCGUCGUAGCCGCC